AUAUUCGUGCGCCGGAUAUAUUGAGUCCCCCAACAGAAGAAGCACCAAAUGCUGAUGUGUUACAAGAAAUGACGCCGCAGGGACACUUGUGAGUCUCUUCAUUUGAUGCAGUGAUAAAUAAUAACGUAGAGAAGCGGCGGAGGGUCACAGGUCGAUGUUAGAGAAGCGGCAGAGGAGGAGAACAACAGCAGCGGGUCAGAAUGGCGCCCAAAGGUAAAGUUGGCACAAAGGGCAAGAAGCAGAUCUACGAGGAGAAUGAGGCGACACUGAAGUUCUACACCAGAGUCAUCCUCGGAGCUAACGCAAUAUAUGCUGCAGUAAAUCUUAUGGUUUUCUACAGUUCGUCGACAUUUUGGACAUGGCUGCUGCUUGGGUUCGCACUAGCAGUGUAUGUCGGGAGUUACCGCUCCAUGUCUGCGAUGGCCAAGCCAGUGUUUGCUGAGGAUGGAAGUCUACUGGAUGGAGGAAUAGACUUGAACAUGGAGCAGGGAAUGGCAGAGCACCUGAAGGACGUCAUCCUGCUCACAGCCAUAGUACAAGUCCUCAGCACAAUCUCCUCUUAUUUCUGGUAUCUUUGGCUGCUGGCCCCGGCCCGAGCCCUCCACCUGCUGUGGGUGAACUUCCUGGGCCCCUGGUUUAUGGCAGAAAGCCCGUCGGCACCAGAGGAAGUGAAUGAGAAAAAGCAGAGAAGACAAGAGCGCAGACAGAUGAAGAGAUUCUGAUGCUGCAGGACAGACGGAGCAGUAUUUUUAUAGAAUCUAAUAUACAGAUAGCGAGGAACUGAUAAGUUAUUCAGGAAGAAAUUUUUGUUAUUAAAUUAAACUCAAUUAUAAUCUGAUACUGUGGAAUCUUGUUUUCCAUGUUUGUUUUCUUCCUGCUUUCUCCUGUAAUCCGAUUUUCUCCCCAAAUCACAAAUACGAAAUGUUCCAUGUUUAGAUAAUGUCAUGGUCCAAAUGUCAUUUGUCCGCCUCAUGCAGAGAUAUAAGUUUUUUUGCUGUUGCACAAUCUCAUGGCACUGCCCCCUGCAGUUUUACCUCAAACGUCCCCCCUGUUUACCCACACGAUCCAGUGACGUAACGGAGUCAGAACCAUGGCCAGCUGAAUUUAUUCUGUCAGUGCCACUUUUCUCAUGGCAUGUCUUAAUUUUUUAUCUAAUUUUAUUUUUCCAAAAUGUUUCACAUGCAACAGAAUCCGUCGGCGAGCCUUCAUUACAGAGCUGAUUUUGUUUGUGACCUGUUGAGUCUUAUAAAAAUCAACUGGAUAUAAAUGGCGUUUUAAUAGGAAAAUAACUUUUUGCAAUAAAAAUCUUCCUCCAGUGUAUGGAGUUGA